AUGAUUUAUCGGACUGGAAAGAGAGAUAGACACGCAAGGUUUGCGAACAAGGAACAAGAAGAUCAAGCAAAAUUUUGGACGCAAAAUCAAGCGAGCUUCUUACUCCUUUCUUCUGUUGGUGGGACUGCUGAUAGAUGCAUAUGUUUUCCCAGUCCAACGACAACUUCCAUAAAUACUUGCAGUCAUGUAUGCAAUCUAGCUUGGUCUAAGAAUAUAAACAAGCUGAUUGCAAAGGAACUCCGAUUUAUGUUCCUUGCGGUAUCACCUGAUGGAAAAACGAAUGAAAACGGAGCAGGAGAUGAAACCUUAAGGUUUUGGAAUGUCUUCCCGUCCAUGAAAGCUCAGAAAAGGCACUGAGAGCGGUUGAGAAUAUCAUUCCUUGCUGAUUUGGGAUAUAUACCAGUCUGAUUAAUGUGAUUCAAAACAACAGGCACUGGUUCAGCGGACGGACUCAACAGGACAGCAUCAGCGUUCUCAUUUGCUCCGCUGAGACAUUCCCGCCGUCGUUCAGUGAAUUAGGGUCCCAGUCUUGGUCAGAAGUUCUGUCUCGAGGGUUUUGAACAUGUGAAUCAAUUGUAACCUCUCAGUCCUACUUUGACUAUAGUAGAGAAUCUGGAGGUUCUUGACGGGUUUUGCGGUCAGCUCCUUUACUUUAACUAUAGGCAGAAUAGUAUAUCAGAUUCCUCGGGAAUGUAUACAGCAAUGUUGUAUGCCGUUGUAUGUAGUAGUCACGUUUUGCAUAUAAAUUACAUCUAGCUCAGGGAAAAAAAUAGUUAAAUUUAUAUUAAUGUAACAACUAACAAUAAAUAUUAUUGGUAAAUUAAAUGAUCAUACUUCAC